GGCCCCUACUGCAGUGAAGCGUCCUAACAGUGGGGUGAAACCCCAGCAGAGGAAGGACUCUCCAGGUAUGCAGCCCAGAGGGGCUCCGGGAGGGAGGGGCCAGACCAACCCUAAAACAGACCGGCCCGCCCCCAGGGACGCCCCCCGAGGCACCAAGGUCAGAGACGACAAGGGUAAAAAGGCUGUAGCAGAGGGAGCAGGGGAUGGAGAGCUGAAGAAGUUUGAUGGUUCGGGGUACGACAGUGACUUAGUGGAGGCACUGGAGAGAGACAUCGUCUCCCGCAACCCCAACAUACACUG